CUCGCAGAGAUGUGGGCUGGGUUCAGGGCACGAAGCAGGCGUGCUGGUGGGAAGACAGGAGGCCACCUGUGCCCUAAGCAGAGACGUGAGCACUGAAGAAACAAAAGGACAGGAACUGCCCCACAGCAAACGCUCCAGCUCGCUCUCUCCUUCGCUCCCUGCCGGGCCCUCUCGGCCAAAUCCAGAGGCCAGGACAGCAGAGGGGGCAGCAUUGUUUGCCAGUUUCAUGGUGGCUCCAGGCUAGAAUGUCACCUCUUAAGGCUCAGUUCCAAGCCUGGGUGGCUGUGAGUUCAUGUGAGCGUGCGCUCGCAUGCACGCAUCCGACCUCAGAGGCAGAGACGAGGGGCACACGACGAUGCUCACAAGCAAGGCAGUCUCGGCAGACGGACAAGGAACCGGUAAGACAACUAUAUGUAGAUGAGGCCCCAUUCUGAAACGAAGCUCUGACAUCACCAAGUCACCUCUCACCAAGUCCGAACAGCUGCUGCGGAUAGACGACCACGACUUCAGCAUGAGGCCUGGCUUUGGAGGCCCCGCCAUCCCCGUGGGUGUGGACGUGCAAGUAGAGAGCCUGGACAGCAUCUCCGAGGUGGACAUGGACUUCACCAUGACCCUCUACCUGAGGCACUACUGGAAGGACGAGAGGCUGUCCUUCCCCAGCACCAACAACCUCAGCAUGACGUUCGACGGCCGCCUCGUAAAGAAGAUUUGGGUCCCCGACAUGUUCUUCGUGCACUCCAAACGCUCCUUCAUCCACGACACCACCACAGACAACGUCAUGCUGCGUGUACAGCCGGACGGGAAAGUGCUGUACAGCCUCAGAGUUACGGUGACGGCGAUGUGCAACAUGGACUUCAGCAGGUUUCCCCUGGACACGCAGACCUGCUCCCUGGAAAUCGAGAGCUAUGCCUACACAGAAGAUGACCUCAUGCUCUACUGGAAAAAAGGCAAUGAUUCCUUGAAGACAGACGAGAGGAUCUCCCUGUCUCAGUUCCUCAUUCAAGAAUUCCACACUACCACCAAACUAGCCUUCUACAGCAGUACAGGCUGGUACAACCGUCUUUACAUUAACUUCACUUUGCGUCGUCACAUCUUCUUCUUCUUGCUCCAAACCUAUUUUCCUGCCACUCUCAUGGUCAUGCUGUCCUGGGUGUCCUUCUGGAUCGACCGCAGAGCUGUGCCCGCCAGAGUCCCCUUAGGCAUCACCACGGUGCUGACCAUGUCCACCAUCAUCACGGGCGUGAACGCCUCCAUGCCCCGAGUGUCCUACAUCAAAGCCGUGGACAUCUACCUGUGGGUCAGCUUCGUGUUCGUGUUCCUGUCCGUGCUGGAGUACGCGGCUGUCAACUACCUGACCACAGUGCAGGAGCGGAAGGAACGGAAGCUACGGGAGAAGAUCUCCUGCUCCUGUGGGCUGCCCCAGCCCCGAGCCGUGAUGCUGGACGGCAGCUACAGUGACGGGGAGGUGAAUGACCUGGGCGGCUACAUCCCCGAAAACGGAGAGAAGCCCGACAAGAUGAUGGUGCAGCCGACGCUGGCCUCCGAGAGGGGCUCUCCCCAGAGGAAAAGCCAGAGAGGCAGUUACGUGAGCAUGAGGAUCAACACCCAUGCCAUUGACAAGUACUCCAGGGUCAUCUUCCCAGCUGCUUACAUUUUAUUCAAUCUGAUAUACUGGUCCAUUUUCUCUUAGGCGCCAGUAAGUUGGCACCUCUCACGCUCUUCACAGUUUGUGCGCAGUACAGAAAUUGCUGUAAAAUGAAACUUAUGGUUUAAAACCAUCUCAGCACCUACCUGGAUUUUCACUGUCCCAUUGUCAGCUAUCCAAAGCUGUGCUGACAACACACCUUAUUUUCUUUUUGCAUUUAUUAAGCAUCAGUUGUAUACACAGUAUUACACUAGGUGUUCAGGAAUUUGUCAUGAUAGCAACUGACAUUAGGCGUUCCUAGAUGCCAGGGGGCACAGAGGUCAGAUACGGGCACACUGCUAUUCAGCCAGAGCCCUGGAUGCUGUUCACACCAGGGCUUUAUUCUGGGAGGCUCUGUGUUCUGUUGACUAGGGAGGACUGGGCAGCACCUACACAAGACUCCUCUGCAUGGAGGCCACAUGCACAUACACCCCUUCUGAGGAAAGGCCGUGCUUCAGUCUGUCCCUGCCUCUGCCCUUCAUCCCCCAUGGUCAUUGAAAGGAGGUGAUGCUCAUAGGAUCUCUUUGUACAAGCUGUAGGUUUCUCCCUGUAUAAGAAAUGUUCUUCAGGUUGUUGAAGCUUCUAUGUACCCAUUGCCAUAUGUGUGCAUCUUGUCUGUUUAGCGGAGGUGACUAAGCUAGAGAACCAUGUCCCUUUCCCUGCUUUUAAGUCACUGUUUCAUGCCUCUCUACCACAGAGCAGGUGUUUUCUUUCUUUCUUUCUUUCUUUCUUUCUUUCUUUCUUUCUUUCUUUCUUUCUUUCUUUCUUCCUUCCUUCCUUCCUUUCCUUCCUUCCUUCCUUCUUUCUUUCUUUCUUUCUUUCUUUCUUUCUUUCUUUCUUUCUUCCUUUCUUUCUUUCUUAAGUCUUUUCUCAGUAGCAUGGUAUUAUCACUGAGGAACUUGAAGAGGUACUUUUUCCUGAAUAAUCAGCAUUUCAAGGAAACUUGGGGCUGCUUCUAGCUCAUGACAAUGAGAUGAACACAAUUUCUUAAGAGAAAAUAACCUUAAAAAGCAAAAGAAGUAGACAGACACCUGCAUUUCCAUUCAGUGAGUGCCAGUACUGUCUAGGAACUACUAAGUAGUUAUCAUCUAGACAAAGCAUCCCAUAGACCAGAGAAGUUGGCCCAGUGGCAACUGAUAUGAGUCAUGGGUUGUAAUUUGAUGUAUUAUUUUAAAACAGAAGCCUUCAUAUUAAUCUAUCGAGAAGAUAACCCUAACCAAACUUGCCCAAACAGUAUUUAACAGUACUACAUUUUCUCUAGGCCGCAUCUUCCACUCAGAGAAACAUCUAUUCAGCAUCUACCAUAUCCUAGUGGCCAUUAAGCCAACUUAACCAAGCCAUGGUCCAUUUAAUUGUGACUGUGUUCAGAGUUUAGUGAGGGAAUUCCAGGAGACACAUAAAUGGUAAUUUAACAUUCUGGAACUUAUUGUUAAUAAACAUGGAGGUAAUCUAAGAGACCCCUCCAGAGGCAACCAUCCUCCGCUCUAUGAAACUCCCAUAUAUAUCUCCCAUCAUUUCAAAGUUAACUUCAUAUAUAACUCCCAUCAUUUCAAAGUUAACAAAAUAAUAGCAUAUACAUGGCUAUUCUUUAUUCUGAUUUUAAAAAGAACUAUUUGCCAAUUCCUACUUAGAAGGCAAUCUCAUUUCCCCCAAUAAAAAGGUCAUCAAAAGCUUUUUUUUCAAACUCAAGUGAUAAACUUAGAGGGAUAAAUUAAAUAAUUAAUUAUCAUUGAUAUUCAAAAUGACUAUUCGUUUUGCCAAGCAUGGUUUGCAUAUGCAGUAAAGUGGGAGGAUCUGGAGCUCAAAGCCGGUCUUGGCUUUAUAGGUGUUGGAGGCCAGCCUGGGCUAUGUGAGGCUUAAAAAGAUUAAUUUUCCAUUUUUACUUUAUGAAGCAAGUACCAUUAAAGUUAACACCUUUGCCACUGUCUUCUUCCUCACCACCAGGGUCACUGAGCUGCCUAGGUUUCCAGAGCAGGCAACUAAAGCCCUGCCUGCUGUCUGGGAUACUCCACUACAUGAGCCAGCGUAGAAUACUCUGCGGGUCUGCCAAACUGGCAUCUCAAAGGCAGAAGACUGGAUAGCUUAACCAACAGACAGUUAUUUCCUCAGAGUUCUAGAGACUGGUCAAGGUCAAGGUGCUGGCAGAUGUGGUUUCCCAUAGAGGCCUCUCUUCCUGACUUUCCAGUGGCCACCUUCUUGCUGCUUCCUUGCCUUCUUUCCUCUGUACCCACCCGUGUCUAGAUCCCUUUCUCCCUAGUUAUAUUGGAUCAGGGCCCACAUCCAUGGCCGCAUUUAACCUUUGUUACUUCUUUAAAAGCCUUGUCUCCAAACCAUUUGUUUUGUAGCAAUAUCCUCCAAGUUGGAAUACUUCAUCUUAGAGGGAAGCUCCUUAGGAUUUAGGAUAUGCUAAAAGAAGGCAAUGGCCUUCAUCCUGUAGGAAAGAAACCCAUUCAGGUUAAGCUCAGGAAGCAAACGACUCAAAAGUUUCAGGAAGUCCCUGAAACUAACUAGAUGAACUCUCACCCUCCACCAAGUGUAUUUAAGCAAUAAGAAAUGCUGAGAGUCACUUUUCGGUAGUCCAAGCUGUCUGGAAGAGGCAAAGACCAGCCAAGCUGCUUGAAAGGGAUAGUUUCCAGCCUGUCCAGCUGUCUGCAAGCCAUGCAAGUGAGCUUCAGAUUUCCACCUGUUGUGAGCUGAGGUGGGUUUUGGUGAUGCAGCUGUCUUUGAGUCAUUUCUCCUCUAAAUAACCCCAAUAAAGCUCAUUGAUUCACAAAGUUGGACUUUGGUGGUA